AUGAAAUUGGCGGAUUUUCCUGAAGAAUCAGCUCUUGGAAUAAAUCUCAAUAGCACCAUCACAGUUACUGUCCUGGAAGAAGAAUGGUGAGUAGUAUUUGAUACUUAUAAUAUUGAACCGAAAUUUCGAGUCAGUAGAUUACUGGACACUGAACUAUUGCCGUUUUACUGGAAUUUGAUUGAGCACUCUGCGCCGUAAUUGCUCUAAGUGAGGCGAUUAGGUAGUUUCGGGGUAGAUCUUCUUCAGUCAGAUUUUGGUUUAUUUGGUCAAAUUUAUUUGACAAAGAGAAUAGACAGUUUUCAGCUUUUGACUGCAGGAAAGUCCCGUCAUUUGUUGCUGAUCAAGAGUGGCACCAUGUUUGUCUGACCUGGUCUUCAUUUGGUGGACUCCUCAAAGUUUUUGUCGACGGACUGAAACUUGUCAGCAAGUCUGAUUCUAGUAUCGACGCUCUCGACAUCAGAGGUAUUAUUAAAAAGCAAAUAUGAAUUUCUUUAAAAGUAUCCUACAUCGUACCUCGAUAUCGCGUAAAAAUGCUUAAGUGAACGAUGGAAAAUAAUCUUGCCUCUAAUCCUGAACGAUGAACUAAUUCUUAUCCUGAACUUAAAUUUAUUCUUAUGCUUUCCAACAUUUCACGGAUAACCAAAUCCUCUGUGAUAAUCAAUGUAUAUAUGGUUGGAAGGAUAACCAAAAGCUAAUCAAUAAUUCCUUUAACGUUAUGAUUGCAACUCGAUGAACACCCCCAAACAUCCGUUCAAAACACUGCAUCAUAGGAAGAGGUCGCCUUACUGUCAAUUGCCCCGAUGUUAAAAAGUCAGCAAAAGUAGACGCCUGCGGUCGUAUAAGUGAUCUUAACUUAUGGGAAGGUGCACUCGAUGAGGGAGAAAUUCAACGGAUGUCUUUAGGGUGUGGAAUGAGAGACGGUGAUCUCAUGGCCUGGAGGAGCAUGACUAGUGGUGUCAUAGGAGACGCCCAUGUUCAUUACAAUACUUCCGCAUGUCGAGACGUGACUGGUAGGUGAAUGCACUUACCCAUGUAGUACAUUUUAGGAAGUUAAACCAAACAGUGGCGUCUUAAAAUAGAUUGUUUUCACUUGUCACCACGGCGCCAUUUUGGUUACGAAAUCAAAAUAAAGGCGGUCUUGUGUACGGACCAAGUCAGUCCUAAGGAAUUUGAUCUCUUUUACACCUUUUUAACCAAUGCAUUAACAUAGCUGCUCAACACGGGGUCGAAAAUUUUUAAUUACCUGGAGGUGAUAAAAUUUCUUCGCUCAUUGACCUGUUAUACAGAUACUUUUUUCAAUGAAGCCCCUUUCCGUUAUUGGUUUUUUUAUGUUUUUGCUGCUUUGACCACUAACCUAAAAUCAAGGGCCGCUUCUUCCAAACAAAGUCCAGGUUUGACCCCGAUGUUGGGUAUUACAUGGAUCUAGAGGUUUUUAGUGACUGGUUUGUUUGAAGUAUGCAAGUAUAGUUAUCUAGAAGUAAUCCUCUCACCAUUCAAAAACUAUUAACGUUAUGAUAGAACUUUCGGCAAAAGAAAAGAUCACUGAGAAGCAGUUUGACUAAACAAGGGUAAAGUUUACGUUAAUAACCCGCAGCAUGCUUCAUCACAGGUGAUCGCCUUGCGGCGUAUUCUCUUUCAAGUAACAUUACAACAGAGCAAGCACGCGUAUGGAGCCCAUGGUAUAACAGAUCAGCUGAUGGUUAUGGUAGAUGCCUGAAGUUCCGAUACAUGAUUCUUGGAGUAGGAAAUAACAACUUACGGCUUUACCAAAUAAUGGGGAACAACUCACGGGGAAGUCCAAUCUGGCAAGGUGACUCAACAGGGGACGACACCUGGCAGUAUGGACAAGUGUCAGUUACAGGGAUCACAGAACACCAAGUGAGAUAUUUUUUAAAUGUCAUCAAAAUAACUAGGGAACAAUUAGUAGUUACUACUAACUGUGAAUAAAAUUGAAUAUUUACAGAAAUAAUUGUUCAUAUGACAAUUAUGAAGUUUUGGUUAUUUUUCUGACCUAUGAAAUGAUUGAAGGUUACUUUGACUCCAGGCCCGGUUGUUCAAAGCUGGGUUAAGGGUUAGUGUGCUUUCUGAUCUCAGUUAAAAUUUAACCUUAGCUUAGCGCUAAUCGGCCUCUGAACAACUUGUCACCGGAGUAAAAUGUUCUGGAGGCAAAAGGGAUCUUGUUCAGUGACAAAAAUGAAUUUGCAUGAAAGGCAUUGUUGUAUCUUCUUAACAAUGCGAUUAACUAGACAUAACUUAGCUGCACGUAAGUUUUUGCCAUAGCAAGCAAACAAGCAAACAAGCGAACCAAAAGCUUGUGGAUAGAAAAUUUUGUUUCGAAUGGUCACAAUUUGCCUUCAAUUCUUACUCAGAGUUUUUGAUAAGGGGGAUGGAAAUUUAGUUUCGAAAGGUCACAAUUUGCCUUCCAUUCUUACUCGGAGUUUUUGAUAAGGGGAAUAGAGAGACUUCAUGUUCGACUUAGUUUCAUAUAAUAGUGCGGCUAUGUCACCUUACCAUAUUGUUCAGUAUGGAAGUGACAACUACGUCAAGUAAAUUAGCCCUGGAAUACAAUUACAUUCUCCAUUUCAUUUUACCUCUCACCGGCGAAAGCCAAUCUAGUGUACUUCCGUGUUCUUUUGUUGCAGCUCAUUUUUGAAGGAAACCUGGAAGACCAAACAGGGUUUAUUUCGAUAGAAGCACUUUACUUAAUCAAUGGUUAUUGUUCCCCAGAGCCAGAAGCAGCUGCAAGGAGAGGUAAAGAACAAAAAAUACAUGAAUUAAUUACCAACCGUGUGGUCGAGAUGGCUGGACCACAGAUUGGCCAAGUUCAUAUUUGGGGUUUUUAAUGGGUAGAGACAAAGUCAAGGUCCAUAUAAAGGCAAAGGAAGAUGGAUGCUACUUUCCGGCCACCUUGACUUAAUAACCUUGGGCAAUAAAGGAUUCAUGAUAUACCUAAAAUAUUUCGUUUCAAUCAGAAUCAAGAAUGAUUUGUCCAUUUUUAAGCGCUGGGAAAUUCAUCUCACAUUGUGUUUUAAUUUCCCUGUUUCAUGGCGAAGCAAUAAACUCAGAGAACUCAUUUAUGUUUACUCCCUUUUCACUGUCUCAUGCCACUUUUUGCGACAUCGUCAAAAACAAUAUCAUUUUUGUAAGUCUGCUUGGCGCAAUUUUUUUGCUUGUUCUGGAUUAAAGCGGGCAAUCCUGAGUAGGCGAGAUGGGCCAAUCUUUCCGCUCGAGUGGCCAAUCAGAAUACAGAACUUGCUUCAUCUUUUCUAAGGGCGCUGCCAACCAUAACAUAAUAUUGUUACACUGAAAUAGACAUGGAUAAGAUUUUGUCUUACUGCAGUUACUAAGCCAUUCACCUUGGACUUUCUACUUCUCUGACAAUUGCAUCUUCCUAAGCCAACUAUUUAAAAAACAAAUGACAUUGAACCAUAACAUUACUGUACUAAACCUUUUCUGAAAUUAUUCAUCUUCAGCAUGCAGGGAGCUCUUCACGGACAAAACUGGUGUUAUAACGUCACCCUACUACCCAGGAUAUUACGCAAACGACAGUUGGUGUGAAUGGCUCGUAUUCGCUGCGUUUGGUCACGUGAUCAGACUUGAAUUUUUUUACUUUCAGCUGGAAGCGACUGGACCUCAAUGUUUAAAUGAUUAUGUUAAAGUAUUUGAUGGCAAUUCGACAUAUUCUGCUUCGCUUGGCAGAUUUUGUGGUCAUACGCACCCUGCAAUGCUGGAAUCUUCGUCGAAUAAUUUGCUCGUCGUGUUUAAAUCUGACAACAAGGAGGUGCGUACGGGUUUCAAAGCUAUCUACGACAUGAGGAAAGGUAAAGUCACUUUUUGUUUUCUGAAAACCUUUAUUUAAAGAAAUUUAUUUUUCUUUCUUGAGAUAUCAUUUUUUUCACGUUUCUGUUUCAUGCAAAAAAAUUGUGGUUUUGGCCCAGUCUUAGUUCACUAUCGCGACUUACUGACUUACAAUAAUUCGUCACAUAAGUUAAUGUAGUUCGACCCUCAAAAUAUGCGCAGUCGAUGAAUGUGCAGACAUUGAAGAAAUGAAAACAACUCAACGACAUGGCAUAUACAUUUUUUGCAAGAGUUAAUGACUUCAUUAUGAUAAUCCUUCCAAUUUGCUUUUCAGAUGAGAGGGAUAAAUGUAAAAUGAAACCAGGUAAUAACGUCUUUGGUUGUCCACCAUAGCCUCAGCUAUUCCCAAAACAUUGUAACCCUAGAAAUAUUUCCGAGUACCUUUUAAUGGCCCUUCCUUCAAUAAGGCCCAUUCACGGCUGAAAUCGAUAUGGAAGCACUAAGUCGCCGAAAAAAUUAAUGUUCAUGCAUUAUAUCAAUUAGUUGAAUAAAAGGAGAAUUUGAAUUGGCAAAUGGAAAGAUAUCGAUAAAUAGUUUAUUAAGUUCCAAUUUCUGUGGCCCACAACUUCCUCGAUUUUCUCUUUUUGCAACCCUUGCGAAAUGCAAGGAAUUUUCUAGUUGAGAUUUAUACGACUAGAAGUACUGUUGAUUUAUCUUAGUAUACACUGUUUGCAUAGAUUGUCCAGUGGGUUGCACGUGUUAUAUUACAAAAGGACCACCGUCACAGUACGUGUUGGAAGGAGCAGAUUACAUGGAAAGUAUACCAUGGAAUUUAUCAAGUCUUACUACAGUGCUGUAA